GCAGACGACAAACAAAGAUAUGAUAACAAGUUGCAAGGUAACUCCUAAAUCGUGUUGCUUCUGCCUGUCUCAAACCAUAGCUUCUGAGGAGUACAGGGUGCUGCUUCUCAGCUAACAGCCAUGGCUCUUGGACUUUUUCUGCGGGUUUCCUGCAUCUGUUUAAUUCUGUUCCAUGGCAGUAGUGCUUUACCAGCUGGAAGAGGGUCCAGAUAUCCUCAUAUGUCAGACUCCCGUAACAUUGGUGAUGAUGAAGAUGACGAAGUGUUGAUCUCAAACUUUGAUCAGAACAGCUGGGAGAUUCCAAACAAUGGCCCUUCUGGGCCUGUAUACACAAGCUACAACAAACCUCCAGGAGCACAGAAUCCAGACCAGGCUCCAUCUCAGCCCUACACACCUAGUGCUCCUUAUGAGGAUAGAGUUGUAUAUGGUGAGUCAACAGACUGGGGACUGGAAGACCCUGAUAAGCAACUUUUAUAUCCUUUAUACUACCAGCCGAGGGUUCAAUCGAUGCCUCAGCCUGAGACCCCAAACUACCAGGAGCCAAUGCCAGACCCUCUUCAGCUGCUGACCCCCACCGAUCAGGAGUACUUGCCAGACACUUUACAACCUAAAGCCCUGGUCUACCAAGAGUCUCUGCCAGACCAUCUCCAGCUACAAGCCCCAGCCUACCAGGAGCCUGUGCCAGACCCUCUCCAGCUGCAAGCCACUGCCUACCAGGAGUCAAUGCCAGAUCCUCUACAGCUGCAAACCACUGCCUACCAGGAGUCUGUGCCAGACCCUCUCCAGCUGCAAGCCACUGCCUACCAGGAGUCUGUGCCAGAUCCUCUACAGCUGCAAGCCACUGCCUACCAGGAGUCUGUGCCAGACCCUCUACAGUUGCAAUCCCCGGCCUACCAGGAGCCUGUGCCAGAUCCUCUACAGCUGCAAGCCACUGCCUACCAGGAGCCUGUGCCAGACCCUUUACAGCCUAAAGCCCUGGCCAACCAAGAGUCUAUAAAAGAAUAUCUCCAACUGCAAGCCCCAGCCUACCAGGAGCCUGUACCAGACCCUUUACAGCUGCAAGCCGUAGCCUAUCAGGAGCCUCUGCCAGACCCUCUCCAGCCUCAAGCCCCAGCCUACCAGGAACCAGUGCCAGACCCUCUACUGCCUCAAGCCUUGGAUUACCAAGAAUCUUUGCCUGGUUCUCUCCAACCUCAAGCACUCACCUACCAGGAACCAUCUGACCAUUUCAAGCUUCAUGUCCUAACCUACCAGGAACCUGUGCCAGAUGCUCUUCAGCCUGAAGCCAGGGCCUACCAGGAGCCAGCACCAGAGUCCCCUAGCUUUGAUACUCUGCAGGCUGAGCUGGUUAGCAGUCUUUAUGAUGUGGCUGACCAUGGUUCUGUUUCACCAGAGAGUGGCUCAAAUCACAAUCCUCAUCUUGUGUAUGAAGACAUUUUUGAGUAUCCUGAAAGUAUUGAGCUCUCAAGUUAUGAAGGAAGUAAUAGAGAUGCCACACAAGGAGACUUUUACUCUACACAAGAGGAGCCCACACAUGAGGAAGACCAGCCCAUCUACCCAGUUGGACCUAGAAGCUUCUCUUCUAGCUUGAACUUGAACAAGCCACGUAACGACAAGAUCUCUUGGCGUCAACAAAAACCUGCAGUCAACAUUGAAAAGGUUCAGGCUCCCCAGAAAGUGAGUGAACCCCUCCCUGCGAUCCUCACUCCAGACCCUCAGUCAAGUUAUAUUGCUCAAUCUGGAAACGGCUACCUGCGAGGCCUGCAUCUCCGCUCCCACUCCAAUUAUUCACCAAUAUUUCCUAUGCCUGCAGUAGUGCAUGUAAUGAUGAAUGCCAAAGUUCCUGAACCAAGUAAAGCAGCUGCCCCAAAAGGUGUAAAGAACCCUCAAAGAGCUAAGUUGUAACCAAAGUGGACAUUGAUGCAUCAGGAUAACAUGACCUGAAAGGAAAUGCAAAGAUUUUAUGCUUCCAGCUUGCAAGUUGUGCUCUCCGAAACAAAAUAAAACUUUCAAACUGGAA